AUGGCCAUACCGCGGUUGCUCAUCUGCAUCUCUACUAUAUUAUUAACAUUUACGUCAGGUAUUACGGUAUCCAUACGUGGGGUUACUAAAGAUGGUCGCAGUCAAUUCAUGCGAAAAGAGAUCAUAAUCGACGACAGUGCGCAACAGCCGACUUGUCCCAACGGGCAGGCACCAAAACUAGAGGAAGAUGGCACAUUGAUACAAUGCCUACCGGGUGCUUCACAAAAAGUGGUGUGUGGGAAGGAGCAUGUUUGUUUCUUUACGGGGAUGAACUAUGUGUGUUGCCCAUCGAAUGAGCCAACUGAGGAGACACAGCUGACCUGCAAUGCUCCGUAUUUGACGGUUCUGGGGACUGCUGGAAGGCCAUUGAAGUGUAGUCCAAGAACAAGGAUGUGUCCUGGGAAAACCCAAUUUUGUUCCGACGUCGGUUUGGAUUAUAUUUGUUGUGAACGAACCGUUGGUCGCGAGCCACCAGCGGAGGUCGAACCCGUCCCAAAAUCUGAAGAUGACCUUGAAUGUCCAAAGAACACUAUUGGUGUCCUAACCGAAAGAGGCCUCCCCGUGGUUUGCAACUCACGACGGAGAUGCCCAGGGCGUCAACAGUUCUGCUACGGCGGCAUGAAACGCUCGAUUUGUUGUGAGCGAUAUGAAAUGGCAAGAAAUAACUUUGAUGACGAACCCGUGAAGAAGCUAUUGGCAAUGGAUGCCCCGCCUCAACCAAGGCUUAAACAGGUCAAACUCAACGGAAAGGAGGUCGUCCCUACUGAAUUUUUGGAAUCCACCGUAAUUCGUUCCGACUCCUUUGUCUCAAAUACUAUGCGGAGACCGACCUCGUUUGCUAUCGCUACGGCAGUAAAACAUCACCGACGGCAAGGACCACGUGAAGUCGAGAGUUUGGCGUCAACGAGGAGAAAAUCCAAAUCGAAGGAGAUUACUGAAGAAACCGCCUCCGUGGCACCGUAUCAUUUAAGCCAUAUGGAAAAGGUUAACUCCGUGGUGAAGAAUCGGCACCGCAACUUUGAAUCUGCAGAACCGGCGACUAGAAGAACUCUCAAGAAGAAGACGACAACACAGGCUCCCACAACAAAAGCCCCACAGCUAACAGAUGAAUGGCUACCAACAGUUGAUGGUGGAUUAGAAAAUAUCAACACGGAUUCUGCUGAAGAGCCAGAGCUUUUGGGACAAAAUAUCGUUCGGACAACAGAAGCUUAUGAGGUGACUACCACUGAGCGUGUCUUCGGCGAAAUUGAACCUUUCCGACGGGCUCGAGUCCAUUCCGCUAAAACAUUGGUCGAUCAGGAUAAGCCGAUUAGUUUAUCAGCUACUAUCGAGAAUGACGGAUUUGCCCCCUCAAAACCUCUUGAAAUCAAUGAUAAACCGGUGAUGAAAGAAGAAGACAAGAAGAAAAUGGCUGAAAACUACUUGAUGCAUCAGAUUAAGGAAGGAUGGCCGUAUGCCGACAAAUUCUAUCGACCUGACGCCGAA